GCCAUGUGAAACCACAGAAACUUUAUAGUGUCAUGUGCACAAAUAAACUGAUUUAAAACUUGGCAAGUCAUGAGAUACGCUCAAUUGGUAAUUGGACCGGCGGGAAGCGGGAAAUCUACGUACUGUAGUACAAUUGUCAGACACUGUGAAAACAUUGGUAGAACAGUGCAUGUGGUCAAUUUAGAUCCAGCCGCAGAAUAUUUCGAUUACCCUGUUUUGGUGGAUACACGAGAACUUGUGCAACUCGAAGACGUUAUGGAAGCAGAGGACUUGAAACUUGGUCCAAAUGGAGGCUUGGUUUUUUGCAUGGAAUAUUUGAUUAAAAAUAUGGAAUGGUUAGAGGAACAGUUAGGAUACAGUGAUGAAGAUUAUUUCAUAUUUGAUUGCCCUGGACAAAUUGAAUUAUAUUCACACAUACCUGUUAUGCGGCAGUUUGUUGAAACUUUGCAACAAUGGGAUAUUCGAGUAUGUGGUGUGUUUCUUGUCGAUUCAAAAUUCAUGGUGAAUACUGCCAUGUUUUUCUCUGGUGUUCUGGCUGCCUUGUCUGCCAUGGUUCAACUGGAGAUUCCUCAUAUCAAUGUCAUGUCAAAAAUGGAUCUCCUCAGCAAAGAUCAAGCAUCAGACAUUGAAAGGUUUCUUGAUCCAAAUCCAAGAGAACUGAUGGAAGAGGCAUGGCAGAAUAAAAAAUAUCAAAAACUGAACAUUGCCUUAGCACAGGUUAUUGAUGACUUUAGUAUGGUUCAGUUUGUACCAUUGAACAAUACAGAUGAAGAAUCAGUUACAAAUGUUUUGCUACAGAUUGAUAAUGCAAUACAAUAUGGGGAAGAUUUAGAUGUCAAAGAUAAAGAUUCACAAGAUGACAACAGAGAUGACUUUAAAUGGGACGGAAACAAGGGUUGAGACAAAAACCCAGACA